CUGGUGUGUAGUUACUUUUCAAUCAAUAUGGAGAAACACCAAGUGAUGCUCCCUACUUCAUCUACAUCAUCAACUCCCUUUUCAUCUGAUUUUAAAGUUGAUUAUAUUAAUUCUACUGUUCAUGUUGAGAAUGAGGCUAUAAGAACUCAAAGGAAGGCCAUAUCAGCGCAGAACAAAAGAGACAAAGAGUUUAUAAUUAAGCAGCACAGAUAUGUAUUUCAAACAAAGAGUCCGGUUGAUGUUCUGGACGAUGGGUACCAGUGGAGAAAAUAUGGGAAAAAGAUAGUGAAAAACAAUAAGUUUCCAAGAAGUUACUACAGGUGCUCUCAUCAAGAUUGCAAUGUCAAGAAACAAAUCCAACGCCAUUCCCGAGAUGAACAGAUUGUGGUAACAACCUACGAAGGGACACAUACACACCCAGUCGACAAGUCAGCGGAAAGCUUCGACCAAAUCUUGGGAAACCUACUCAUAGGCAACCUAGUAUGUAAUGUGCCUCCCACAUUGGAAUAGAAUAUGAGGGAAUUGUUAAUGGAAGUUAAUCGUGUCAUCCAAAGGACCUUAAUGCCGUGGAUAAUUGACAUAAUAUAUACCUAGCUUGUUUGUUUAUUUGCCUAUCUGAAGCAUUUGUAUCAUAAUGUGAUUGUCAUUUGUCAACAUAAUGCUUUUGAAGAUACUCAAAAGUAUGGUCUUCUUACAACAAUUAUGUCAUAGAAGCACAAUAUGUUAUGCGUUAAAAAAAACAUAAAAGAUUCUAGUUCAAUGACAAGUUAUUGCA